UUCAAGGACUUUUUAUCUUAUUCGUGUAAAUUCCAAACUAACUUCCUAACUACUACCUGCUAACAAGCUUGACUAGUUGAUUGGUGGUUGACUGGGCAGACUAUUCCUUUGUUCAUCAUAUUUUUGGCGCUGUAUUUGCCUGUUUUUGUUAUGCUAAUGAGUCCAAAUCGGGCACCCACGGAGCAUCGGAACAUCCUAUGCCAAGAAACACGAGGAGAAAAUUUGCUUCCCCCGGAUCACCUUAAAGACUUCUAGAAUUGCUCAAUUAAGGUCCAUGAAGUGCUUCAAGUAUGUCAUCUGAAUGGUAUGCAUAUCAGUGCAAGUCAGGGGAGACAAUUUUCUUCCACAAUAUCAUUACUGGGGAGUACAGAUGGCCAAAGAGCAUAUCGGGUCCGAAUAUUUCACAUGGAGACUUAUCUUGCAAAUCAAUGUUAAACGGCCCUCCAUCUAUUUGCCACAAUGGCAAUCCAGCUGGGGCCAACUCUCAGACGAACCAAUCUGAAUUGUCAAGACAGCCAGUGACUAGCCUUUCAAGAAAGUCCAUCUCUCAGACAAACCAAACUGAAUUGUCAGGACUGGCAGUAACUAGGCUUUCAACACAGUCCAUCUCCCAGACGAACCAAACUGAAUUGUCAAGACAGCCAGUGACUAGCCUUUCAACAAAGUCCAUCUCCCAGACGAAACAAACUGAAUUGUCAAGACAGCCAGUGACUAGCCUUUCAACAAAGUCCAUCUCUCAGACGAACCAAACUGAAUCGUCGAGGGUGCCAGUGACUAGCCUUUCAACAAAGUCCAUCUCUCAGACGAACCAAACUGAGUCGUCGAGGGUGCCAGUGACUAGCAUAUCUAGUGAUUGUGUAUCCUCUAAAACACAACCUGGGGUCACCAGCAAGACAGAUGAGCCAACCUCUAGUCACAGUACUCUUGCGUCACCAGAUUGGGUUCCUUUUCUGUGCAAGUCAGGGGAAACGCUGUAUUACUAUCACAAAACAACAGGAGAAAAGAGAUGGGUCCUUACUGCAGACAUGGAAAUUGCUCCACAAAGUUAUCUUGCAAGGAACAGAACAGUAGAGGAGGAAAAGGAAGUAAGAACACGGAAAGAUGGAUCAGGAGCACGGGAAAAGGAGGAAGAAGCACGACAUGAGCAGCCUCUUAUUAAAGAAGAAAUAAAGACAGAAACCAAAGUCGAGGAGGGAUGUACCUGCACUCCACACGAUGUAGGGCUCCCUUCGUCAGAUGAUAUUGGACUUUGUCCGUCAGAGGAGCCGCCACAGGAACACCAUACCAAAGUUUACAUGAAUGAAGAACCAACAGAUAGCGAGGGAGAUUCAAGCGAGGAAGACUUAUCUGAUGAAGAAAGUAUUGAAAGUGACGGGAAUUGCUCAAACUUCUCUGAUGAGCUUCAAAACUUCCAAGAUGAUGAUUCCGAAGAUGAUUCCGAGAAUGAAGAUGAAGAAGCCGUGACUAUGAAAGCACCUAACCAAAGCCCUUUGGGAGUUGGGCCUCAUCAAAUCGAUAAUAAUGCAAGCAGUAACCAAUUAUUUCUUAGCGAAGUGCUGAGCAAUCCAAAUAUCAAAACUCAGCGAGAACACGUUCUUUUCACGUACCGUUGUAAUUUUUGCUUUAAAACGUUUAAAUGUGUUAAUGUGUACCGCCAGCAUUUGGCAAGUCAACACAUCAACGAGGAGAUCAUAUGCUGCGUAAAUUGUCACGUCCGGUUUGACUCCCUUGUGGCCUUGAGACGUCACCAAGACACCCACAGCCUUGGCAACUUACUGCAGAGGUGUACGGAGUGCGGCAGUUUCUUUGAAUAUGUGACUGAUUUGAUGGCACACUGGGGUACAAGCCACGGACAGGGAAGCAUGUUCCCUUGCAUUGUGUGCGGUAUAUGCUACAAAGAAGUCCAACACUUAAUUCUGCACGUGCGUCAAAACCAUUCGAACGUGGACCCAAUGAAAUGUCAGCACUGUGAUUUGACAUUUCUUGAGAUCUUUUCACUCGAACUUCACAGAAGAGAAUUCAAAAUGUUAAACAACGCUUGCCGCAUUUGUCAAAGGCAUUUUUCUGACGUAGCGUUGUUAAAUGUACAUAUGUCUAUGCAUUCCGUGGGAACUGUGUUACCGGCAGCCGCAGAGCCGAGGAUUAUUCAAGUUCAAGGGAAUUACCAAGCUCAUAACGACAGGCCAAGUAGUCAAGGUAAUAUCAGACAGUACUUUGUUCGUGGAGAGCUAGAUAAAUCUGUACAAAAUAUCACGAGGAGUGUGACUGAUACAGGGUCUAAAUCUGAGGACAAAUCGACAAGGAAUGCACGGGUUGAUGUGGCAAACAAAGAUAAUACUGAAAAACCCUCGCAGGGGGGAAUCUCGAAGGAUCAGUGCCCACUUGGUGAACCUGCCAUCAAGAAAACUUCGGAAGAUCUCGUUCCUCAUCAGACCGAGGCGACGCGGCUCCUCUCCAACGCGCUGCAAACCCAGGCGCCAUUGGGUGGAAACGUUGCUGGUCCCAUGAACUUCGAGAAAGCGUGUAAUACAGAACUGGAUAUUACAUCAAAACAGGCUAGUAAUAACAGGGAGAAUGAUGAUGAUAAUCGGCCUUCGCCAUCCAUUGCUAGAAAACAAGUACAAACUAGAAUGUCAUUUAUGUCGAGCAACGAAAUAACUCCAAGGAUCACAGCUGGUGUCGGAAUACAACCAGGGAACAAACUGGAAGUCUCACAAACCGGAAGGGAGAAAUGUACGAAUGUCGGCACAUCCUCGCCUUGGUUAGCUUGCCUUGACAGCGGCUCCUCGAGCGAUUGCAAUAAGGGUCCAGAGAAAAACAACGACAGCUCGAAAACGCUGGGUAUUUCCGAAGCAUCACGUGCUAUAUCUGGCGUACAGGUCUCUCUAGUAGAGAGAGCUCGGGUGGGUGACGCGCCAGAGUCUCCUUUGGUGGGGGGUGUUACACUAGAUGGCAAUUCUGAAGGAAGUCCAUCAGGCAAAAGUGCUCCAGAGGAAUAUGUGGCAAAAGCUUCGAUUCGCCAGUUGCACCAGAAAACUAUUACAAAUGAUACAUUCCACCCUUUAUGUCAGCAAAACUUGCAAGAGAGAUCUUUAAACCAAAACGCGCAACAGGCAACCUCUAACGCGCAACAGAUAACCUCUAACGCGCAACAGUCAACUUCUAACGUGCAACAGGCAACCUCUAACGCGCAACUAGCAACAUCUAACGUGCAACAGUCAACCUCUGACGCGCAACUAGCAACAUCUAACGCGCACCUAGCAACAUCUAACACACAACAGUCAACCUCUAACGCGCACCUAGCAACAUCUAACACACAACAGUCAACCUCUAACGCGCAACAAGCAACCUCUAAAGAGCAACAUUUAACAUCUAAAGGCGAGGUCCAGGUGCCUGUUGGCCAGAUCACACCCUCAGAGCAAGCAUCCAAAACAUCAAAUAACGCACUUGCAAGGUCAUCAAACGUCCUAGCAGCCAUCCCUCCCUUAGCGCAGAAUGCAACUCGUGCUAGCACUGGUUCCACUGGCAUUCUUAAUAGCGCAACAAAUACGAGAGGCACUUCAACAGAGAGAAAGAAUAAGGAGAACAAUGUGAAUAAUCCGUUAGAUAACUCCGAAAACACCCCGGUAUCGGAGGCGAGUGAUUGGUACAUCAGAGGUACAAAACAUAGGUACCUCUGUAUGUUCUGCGAGGAAGUCUUUUUAUCACCAGGUGUUUUCCAUAAACAUUUGAAGGAUAGACACUACAAUACGACAUUCAUAUUUUGUCAGAACUGCCACAUCAUGUUCGACUGUGAAGAGGAUCUCGCCAAGCAUAAGGAGACCCACACAACAAACAUGAUAUUCAAAUGCGAACAAUGCGACGAGUACAUGCCUAGUCACAGCAAAUUGCUUAUCCAUCGUAAGGAACGACAUGACUUGGAAAGGGCCUUUCACUGUUUGAUCUGCGGUGUAACUUACAAGUCCUGGAGACCAUUUUCGUACCAUCUCUUCCAAGCACACUCAGAUACCCCACCAAUCACUUGUCCGCACUGCCCAAAGAAAUUCCACGAUAUUUUCUCCUUUGACAACCACCAGAAGGAGCAUAGACACCGUUUCAAGUGCAAUGAGUGUGACCAGGCUCCGUUCCGAAUCCACGUGACCUAUGUGAAGCACAUGCUCAGUCACCGCGGUGAGGAACCAUACAAGUGUGACCAAUGCACUAGGGCUUUCAAGAAUAAACGUCAGCUUACCAAACACAUGUAUACCCAUACAGGCAAGCCCUUUACCUGCCCUACGUGUGGAUCUGGACAUUAUGAUCGACUUAAAUUUAACGAGCAUAUGCGCAUCCACACUGGCGAGAAACCUUUUAAAUGCACGACUUGUGACAAGUGGUUUAGAACCGCCUCGCAGCUGCGGACCCAUUCGCUCAUACAUGAGGAAGAAAAACGAUUUAGUUGUGAAAAAUGCGGAAAGAAAUUCGCCCAAGUGGCGUCAUACUGUCGCCAUCGUAAAUCUCACGACGGAAUAAAAGAUUAUCUCUGCAAUAUUUGCAAUAAAAAGUUCACACAGUCUAACUCUUUGGUAAGACAUAUGCGUAGCCACACAGGGAAGAAGUUUGACUGUCCCGAGUGCUCCCGACAGUUUGUCGAGUCUUGGUGGUUGAAAAAGCACAUUGAGCUAAAGCACAGCUCACAAAAUGGCGAUUUUGAGACGUCUAAUGGAAAGCUACGAAAGAAGCGGGAAAAACCAAAGCAUAAUUCACCAGAUAGCGAAGUUGAAACGUCUGAUAGCUCAUCGGAUGACGAAGUUGAAACGUCUGACCGACAGCUAAGAAGGAAGAGCGAAAAGCCAAAGUACAAUUCACCAGAUAGCGAAGGUGAGACAUCUUAUAGCUCAUCAGAUGGCGAAUUUGAGACGUCUGACAGAGAACUGCUAAAAAAAAGAGAGAAGGAUAGCUCAUCAGAUGACGAAUUGGAUAGGGCGAACAAACAUCAGCAAAAGAAACGCAAGAAGUCAAAUCAUAAAUCACCAGAUAGCGAGGAAACAUCUCAUCGGCAGCUACGACAGAAGCGCGUCAAGCUGGACCUUAGAUCGCCGAGUAGCGAAGUCGAGGCAUGUAGCCGACAGCUGAGGGCCCGUCACAGUCCUAGACCCUCCCCUAAGUGAAUACCUUAGAUCACCUAGAUCCUCCCCUAGAUCGCCUAGACCAUCCCCCAAGUGAAUACCUUAGAUCGCCUAGACCCUCCCCCGAGUGAAUACCUUAAAUCGCCUAGACCCUCCACUAAGUGAAUACCUUAGAUCACCUAGACCCUCCCCUAGAUCGCCUAGACCAUCCCCCAAGUGAAUACCUUAGAUCGCCUAGACCCUCCCCCAAGUAAAUACCUUCGAUCGCCUAGACCCUCCCCCAAGUAAAUACCUUCGAUCGCCUGGACCCUCCCCCAAGUAAAUACCUUAAAUCGCCUAGACCCUCCCCCAAGUGAGUACUUUAAGCAUACCUGUAGAAUGUCAAAACAAAUCAGCAAUUAUUGUGCUUUUUCAACUAUUUUGAAGUGUCUCGGUAAAGAGAUAUGUAUCAGCUACAACUGUCUUAAGAUAUUGAAGGCGGUUUUUUUUCACUUGGAUGUCGAGAGCUAUGAACCAUUACCGUUUGAUGUAGUGUUUAUUUAGGUUAGAAAUCGCCCAAAUAAAACGUGUUGCGCAGUA